AGAUUAGUUGAAGUAAAAGAAAAACGAACUGAUUGAGUAAAACUGAAGUUGACACUUCUCAGUCUACACACGACGUUAUUGGCAGCGCUGACACCGUUAUUAGGCCGUAACGAGGCCCAGCGGCCUGCAGGAGGCAGUACCCACUCAUUGGCGCCUCCCCUGCUGUGGCUGCAGCGUUUAUGUCUGCAGUCCUUGCAGCUCCACCGUCUGUCACUCUUUGCAAUCACGGACUUAAUGGCGUCUUUCCAGUCUGCUCGUGCGACCGUGUUUUAACAGGGGGUUUAUAAUGUAGCAAUUAGGUGCCCUGUGUUUGACAGAGCCGUCGCUCGCUGUACAUUCAAGAUCAAGAAUGAAAUGAGUAAGGUGCAAACGACAUAUGGACGUCACCCCGAUGGUUGGCAGGAAAUAGGAACGGUUCCCUUUUUCGCUACUCUUGUGGGGUAAAACGCGUAAUAAGGAGCGACUCGAGAAAAAGGUGCUGUGACUUGAUUUGUUUUCGUCUGAUUUGAAUGAUUUAAGGAUCUGGAUGUGGAUUUGAACGCUGUGAGCUUGUCUUUUUUUCUCUUCGGUUUUCUUGGCUUUAAAGACCGCUGAGGACACGGGCGGGAGUGGUGCCCCAUACUGUAACCGUAUGUUACUUUUUGCAUCCAGUUAGCGAUACAAUUGCAGGCACCAUCAUUUUCUUGUUUAAUCUGAUUGGAAGGAUAAUCUCUUCAAAGCUCGGAAAAUCACCACCACUACACGCAGGGGUUGGAGAGCAGGACGUGUGUGCCUAAACGGAGAAUAAGGAAGCGAUCGAAGGAUUGAAGAGAGGAGAUUUUCUUACAAUGACUACAGCAAGGUAUAGACCAACUUGGGAUCUGGCCCUAGACCCUUUGGUGUCCUGCAAAUUGUGCCUUGGGGAGUUCCCACUUGAAAAAAUGACAACCAUAAGCCAAUGCCAAUGCAUCUUCUGUACUCUGUGCCUGAAACAGUAUGUGGAGCUUCUUAUCAAAGAAGGCCUUGAAGUGGCAAUUAGCUGUCCUGAUGCAGCCUGUCCAAAGAGAGGACAUUUACUGGAAAAUGAGAUUGAGUGUAUGGUUGCUACAGAAAUUAUGCAAAGAUAUAAAAAGCUACAGUUUGAAAGAGAGGUGCUUUUGGACCCUUGUCGGACCUGGUGCCCAUCCUCUUCAUGUCAAGCAGUAUGCCAUCUUAAGGAUAUGGAGCCUACAAUUCCACAGUCGGUAGAGUGUACAUCCUGCAGUCUAGAAUUUUGCUCUGCUUGCAAAGGGAACUGGCAUCCUGGGCAGGCCUGUCUGGAAAACAUACCGGUUGCAUCAUAUCUACCAGGGGAAACCAGCUCAUUUUUCAAGAGUGAAGAUGAUGAUGCCCCAAUUAAACGCUGCCCAAAAUGUAAAGUAUAUAUUGAACGUGAUGAAGGCUGUGCACAGAUGAUGUGCAAGAACUGCAAACAUGCUUUCUGCUGGUAUUGCCUGGAGUCUUUGGAUGAUGACUUCCUUUUGAUACAUUAUGACAAAGGACCAUGUCGCAACAAACUUGGCCAUUCCAGGGCCUCUGUAAUUUGGCACAGAACUCAAGUUGUUGGUAUAUUUGCAGGCUUUGGUCUCUUGCUGUUGGUGGCUUCUCCGUUUUUGCUUCUUGCUACACCUUUUGUUCUUUGCUGUAAGUGCAAGUGUAGCAAAGGAGAUGAUGAUCCAUUGCCAACCUAGGCACCAAUCAUCCUGGAUGUGUUUUCUGCUUGAGUUGUCAGCCUUACCUGGUCCUUUUUGAUUUAGUAUCCAGCACAGUUUUCUCUUACACAGUCUCCAGAUCUUUAGAGACUUGUCUAUGCUGGAAGAAGGACAAACUGAUUAAUAUUUAUAAGCUGGCAGAGGUGGAGCUGAAAAAAAAAAAAACAGGCCAUGUUGAGACGCUGUGGGUAGCUUUCAGUUCAGGGCAACGUACUGCACGCUAACCUUGGUGAAGGGAUGUGUGUGCAUGUAUGUCUGUGUGCCAGUACCUCCUCUGUGACAGCAAAGAGGUUGAAAGUUGCUUUCAAAACAGUUCACUGUAAUGAGAACUGUGCACAGCUUUUUUCUUUUAACAUGUUUACAGGUUGUUUUGAGUUUAAAUAGUGAUUGUUAAGUUUCAAUGUGUGUAAUUACUUUGUAAUUUAUUGAUAAUAUUUUAAUCAUGAUUUGUGUAUAUAUAUAUUUUUUUUGUAAAUGAAAACAUUUCACAGACUACUUUGAACUGCUGAAACACACCAGCCUUUUUUUUCCUUUUUGCCAAAGCACGAAAGUGCAAUAUUAGGGCCUCUUCCUCCAAAAGGGCUUAUAUUUUGUUAAUGACUUUUUACCUGUGUUCUAGUAACAUAUAUUAUAUUAUAAAUGAAUACCAAAUGGUGAAUUAAGACAUACAAGCACACAUAAGUAAAUCACGAUUUUCUAGAGAGGGUAACAUUUAAUAUAUCAUAUGAAUGAAUCAUAUUUGAAAAUGUGAAGCACAAGUGUUCUGUGAGUAAGAAAGGUGGCCUAGAUAUGUUCAUGUGCCUAAGUAUGUAGAUUUUUUUGAGUAAACAUGUUUUUGUAACCAUUAUAAAAAUUGGUUAAAGGAAAAAAAACAAAAAAAAAAAACAAAAAAAAAAAAACUGCUGUACUUUUUCCUUUUUAUAUUGUUAGUAAAUCCACUAGUCUCCAUUUAAGAACUGUUCAUAAGUACUUUUUUAUUUUACUGGUUAAGAAUCAUUAGGUUAAUAAUAACUAUAUAAUAUUACUCUAGAAAUAGUGAAAAUUAUAUGUUAGUUUAAUUUCAGUGACAGCUGUUACUUAAUAAAAUUGGACACUGUAUCCAUAUUAAUUUGAUGUACAUAUGCAUGUAGAUUUGUAUUGGUUUUUGUAUUUUUUUAUGUUUCUGUUGAAAGUUACAAGAAGACCCCAAUAAAUUGUUAAAGCUAUGCAAAUAUGUUAUACAUUUUUCAUCUUAAAGGCACUGCAAAAUUUUCAUUCACUUGCAAAAUAAAUUAAGAUAUGAUUAAAUUACUGGAAAUAUGUUUUCUCUUACAGAAAGAAAUGUUGUCCACAUAAUUUUGUGGUCAGUCAGGUAACAAAUAAAUAAAGCAAUCUUCUACUUU